CUUGUGUAAGGCCGGAGAGGCGGUCACUAAAGCGGUGAAAAUCCUAGGAGAUAAGCUGACCUAGAAUCAUUGGCUUCGCUUAUCUGGUCGAAGCCCAGGAAAUUCACCGCCCUGGUCCCACGUCUCCUCCUAUGACACGCCCUGGAUUCCCAACGCUCUUCGGCUAGUUAUCGCAGGACCCCGCCCUGCAGCGCGCCAGUCACUCAACCGACCUCACUUUUCAAAGCCCGAUCCCUUGCUACCAUCCAGUUGAGUGUCAUCGACAUUUACCCAACCGGUCAGCGAGAUUCCGUGGCAGCGAGGAUCCGUUACUGAGACGAAUAUCUUCUUGGUGCCAUCCUGCAGCCGGCUCUACCUUCGUUUCUCUCCUGAAACUCUGCGAUUGCCACACCUAUUUCGUGAUGAGCCACAGAGACUGCCAUACUUGCGCGGCGUUCGGUCGCCCCUGCGAUCGACAAAGACCACAGUGCACGAGAUGCUUGGGACAGGGGAAGCACUGCGGUGGAUACCCCACUGCAUUGUCGUGGGAUGCGAACAGAACAUGGCUCAACGAUAUGCGACGCAGAGGAGGCGCACUGCAGUCACCCGGACAGCAGGCACCGAAGGAGCGUCAAUUUACUUUUGUGAUGGGCCCGUCGAGAAAACGAAGAAAGCCUGCCAACCGAAAUGACUCUAAGGGGCAAUGUCGCAUUCAAGAUAUCACCCAGGACAAAUCUUCAGCAGCAUUGCCCGAGGCUCCGUCCACACUGUCAGCUGGUCAACCCACCCUUUUGGGUGAAGAUCACAACGGCCUCCUUGAUAACUUUGGCUCUGUGGACGAUACCCCGGUCGAGUCGUUUUUGCUAAACUCGGAGAUCUCGGACGACGCCCAGCUCAAUGACCUGCUAGACGCGGUAGAAAACUUCGACCAAGCUGUAAUUGGGGGUCCUGCACAGGACCCAGGCAUAAAUGCAAUAUAUGAAACCGAGAAUGCUCCUCAUUUUCAAUCCUUUUCCCUCCAUGAGGACUUCAUUGCACCUCCUCUCGAAAAAGAACUAUCCGCAUACGAAAACCAAGAGGCACGAUUGCCGGAUCCUAUCUUCACGGACAAGCCGUGCGUAACCGCACCCCUAAGGCCUCUGCCUGGCAUGAUCCACCAGCACGAGGAUCUCUUGACGAUGUACAACACAUCGUUUUGCAUUCUUCCAUUGACGGCGGAUAUGAAUCUCAAUCCCUUCCGCAUCCGCCAACGUGAUAAUCUACCUUCCCCCAGCUUCGUAGCGCAUGCAGUUCUGGCAUUGAGCUGCCAGCACUUGAACCACUUGACGGGAGGGUGGGCGACGAAAGCGGUGGAGCACCGAUCCAAAGCAGAUCUGAUGCUCGCGGCUGCCCUCUCAGGUCGAGAAUAUCCUAACUCGCUCGGAGAUAUCUUGGACGCCAUUUUGAUCAUGAUCACUCAAGAUUGUGCACUUUCGGCCUUAGGGACAUGGAACGUUCAUCUGCGUCGUGCUCUCGAAGCACUCAACGCCGCUGGGGCCGUCGCAGCUCUUGACGACACCAGGGUUCAAUCACAAGUCGCCAUGCUCGUCUGGUGGGACGCUACCCUUGCAUUAGUCUCUCGGCAUGGUUGCAUGUUCGAUAUGGCCUAUGUGAAUCGUCUGCUCGAGGAGGAGAAGCACAACAAAUGGUCUUUCUACGACAUCACAGGUUGCCCAGGGGAGAUGGUCAGGUGCCUUGUCGAGCUAGCAUGUUUGGCAAAACAAGCUGAAAUCGGGGCUUCAUACACUUGGCUGACAUUUGAUACUGGCCCCGUCAGCAUCAUCGAGGAACGGCUGAAUUCAAUGAAGCCCGACACGUUCGGCGAUAGCGACACUAUCAUCACUGACGAUGGAGCUACAGAAAAUGAAGAGGAAGAGGUGUUCCACGCCCACCAAGACCAAUUGCAAUGUAUCGAAGCGUGGCGCCUUGCCCUGCUUCUGUACAUACAGAGAGUCUUUAUGUGGGAUCGUAUGGGUUCUCGACCUCCAAAGGUGCGCCUACUUGUUAGGUCUCUGCUAAACUGUGUAUCGUCCUGCCGACGGACAUCUCAAACCCAGAAGCAAAUGCUCUUGCCUGUAUUUCUUGCGGGAAGCGAAUGCUUUGAUGAAGCUAUGCGUCAGGUCGCUCGUGGCUAUUGUGAUUGGUGGGUGCACCGAUCCCAUUAUUACAUGUUCGACUCAGUUUCGACUCUUCUGGAUGAAGUGUGGGCAGGUAUGAGCGAUCAAGCGUCGAAUGUCUGGUGGGGCGGCGUGAUUGAUGAGAAGACGAAGAAAGGGACUCAAGCGGAAACUGGUGCUCAAUUCUUGUUCGGAUGAGAUACUCUCCACAGUAGGAACAUCCAAUUCUCAGCUUCCUCGAAUUGUAUCGGCACAAUUGGAUUUCGUAGAAUACCAGCAAAACCCAUCAAUCGCCUCUGUGUCCG